AUGCUUUUCCGUACCACCCUACUUUCUGCUAUAGCGCUCCUUGCUGCCAACCAGGUUAUUGGAGCUGCUGUAGAGGUUCCACCCGGUGUAGACGCUGUUCAAAUUGCUACCUCUCCAUACUAUGCUUGCAACUGUCCCAACAACUGCAAGCACAAGCAGGGCACAAAUUGCAGGUUCUAUAGCGGUCCUAGUGAUGCAUCACAGGCUAUCUCUGGCAAAUGCGAGUAUCAGGGCAAUCAGUUAAAUUGCAUUGCUAAGUAG